AUGCCUCUUACGCCUCCUCCCCAAUUUCGCCGACCCAUUUCCACUGCCGCCCGCGUCCAUCCCGCGCCGCCGCAGUUCCAUGCCUCAUACAAUCCUACCUCGCAUAUCCCCACACACACCCCUACAUCCACACCUACAGUGCCGAAAGUUGGGAAGAUAGGCCGAUGGUAUCUUCCCGCAUGUGCCCUAGUCGCCCUCGGUUGGCUCUCCAGCCCCCUCUCACCCCUACGCGGGUCUCCCUCAACCUCUGACGCACGAGCAGGCUUCGCCGUCGCGAACGCACUCGAGGAGCACAACCACGGCCACCUGCCGCCGGCCGCGCGGCGGGACAAGCAGCAGGAAAGGAACCAGCACCUCAUGGACUCGUACGGAGACCGCAUGAGUCUGGCUGACUUAGAGAAGGCGCUGGAGGUGUACGAGGUGCAGUAG